CGCUGAGGGCGGCGCGUCUCCCCGGAGCUGCCUCCCGCAGCACCGAGGCCUUGCGGGUCGGGAUCCUGGGGGCGCCGCACGGCGCUCGGCUCAGGCUGAGCACUCUGUCACAGUCUAGCCACCAACAAGGCUAUUGGUUUUACCUGCAAAAUGCCUUAACUGUCUGCUUCUUGGCCACCUCCCUGAUCUAAGUCUGUCUCUCCUGCUUGGACUACGACCUUCAAUCUUCUGGGAGGGGGUGUGAAGAUGCUUAUAGAGCGUCCAGGGAUGGCAGAAGAGCCUCAGCAGCAAAUGGGUGGCCCUGUGGUAAAACUAGAGAAAGAGCUGCCAUGGGGCAGGACAAGGGAGGACCCCAGCCCGGAGACUUUUCGCCUGCGGUUUCGGCAGUUCCGUUACCAGGAGGCAGCUGGGCCCCAGGAAGCCCUCAGGGAGCUCCAGGAGCUCUGUCGCCAGUGGCUGCGGCCCGAGCUGCAUACCAAGGAGCAGAUCCUGGAGCUGCUAGUGCUGGAGCAGUUCCUGACCAUCCUGCCACGGGAGUUCUACGCCUGGAUUUGGGAGCAUGGCCCCGAGAGCGGCAAGGCCCUAGUGGCCAUGGUGGAAGACUUCACGCAGAGAGCCCUGGAAGCCAAGGCGGUUCCGUGCCACAUACAGGGACAGCGGGAGGAGACAGCACUUUGCAGAGACCCCUGGGAACCAAGUGUCCACCUGGGGCCUGUGGAGGUCAAGCCCGAGUGGGGGAUGCCCCGCGGGGAAGGCGUCCAAGGCCUUGACCGAGGCGCUGAGGAGCAGCUCAGCCAGGACCCUGGAGAGGGGACGCAGGCCUUCCAGGAGCAGGCUCUGCCAGUCCUUCAGGCUGGUGCUGGCCUCCCUGCAGUGAGCACCAGAGACCAGGAGGUGGCAGCCAGCUUCCUGACGGCUGGAUCCCAGGGAUUGGGCCCAUUUAAAGACAUGGCCCUGGCUUUCCCUGAGGAGGAGUGGAGGCAUGUAACUCCAGCCCAGAUAGACUGCUUUGGGGAGUAUGUGGAACCCCAGGACUGCGGGGUCUCACCUCCAGGCCUGGGGAGCAAGGACAAAGAGGCAAAGACCCAGCUGGCAGACCCCAAGGGGCAGCUCGCUUGCGGGCGGGCAGAGCGGUGUGGGGAGGCCUCUCUCCACGGCCCGGAGUUGGGAAGACCAUGCGAGCAGGAGGCCGAGAGCUCGCUGGGAAACGCGCCUGGGUUGCUCCCGCCCCAGCACAGCGUUGCCCCGCUGCCCGAUGAUCUCCAGACCCACAGCUCCUUCUGGAAGCCUUUCCAGUGCCCUGAGUGUGGGAAAGGCUUUAGUCGGAGCUCCAACCUGGUCCGACACCAGCGGACGCAUGAGGAGGAGAAGUCGUACAGCUGCGGGGAGUGCGGCAAGGGCUUUGCUCUGCGCGAGUACCUGCUGAAGCACCAGCGGACGCACCUGGGCCGGCGGCCGCACGUGUGCAGUGAGUGCUGGAAGACCUUCAGCCAGCGCCACCACCUCGCGGUCCACCAGCGCAGCCACACAGGUGAGAAGCCCUUCCAGUGCGCAGACUGCUGGAGGAGCUUCAGCCGUCGGCAGCACCUACAGGUGCACCGCCGGACACACACCGGCGAGAAGCCAUAUACCUGCGAGUGUGGCAAGCGUUUCAGCAGGAACGCCAACCUGGCGGUGCACCGGCGGACCCACACUGGCGAGAAGCCCUAUGGCUGCCAGGUGUGCGGGAAGCGCUUCAGCAAGGGGGAGCGGCUGGUCCGGCACCAGAGGAUCCACACCGGGGAGAAGCCGUACCGCUGCCCGGCCUGCGGCCGCAGCUUCAACCAGCGCUCCAUCCUCAAUCGGCACCAGAAGACGCACACAGGAACCAAGUCCCACAGAUGUGACGAAUGUGGAAAAUGCUUCACACGGAGUUCAAGCCUUAUUCGCCAUAAAAUAAUCCACACUGGAGAGAAGCCCUAUGAAUGUAGUGAGUGUGGGAAAGCCUUCAGUCUUAACUCAAACCUCGUCCUGCAUCAGCGCAUCCACACAGGAGAGAAGCCUCAUGAAUGUAACGAGUGUGGCAAAGCCUUCAGUCACAGUUCAAAUCUCAUUCUGCAUCAGCGAAUCCACUCUGGGGAGAAACCCUAUGAAUGUAACGAGUGUGGGAAGGCCUUCAGCCAGAGCUCAGACCUCACUAAGCAUCAGAGAAUCCACACGGGGGAAAAACCCUACGAAUGUAGUGAGUGCGGAAAAGCUUUCAACCGAAACUCAUACCUUAUUUUGCACCGGAGAAUUCACACCCGAGAAAAGCCCUAUAAGUGCACAAAGUGUGGCAAGGCCUUCACCCGGAGCUCAACCCUCACCCUGCAUCACAGAAUCCACACCAGGGAGCGAGCCUCUGAACGUUACAUAUGUGCUGAGUGUGGGAAGGCCUUUAGUAAUAGCUCCAACCUCACUAAACACCGGAGAACACACACUGGGGAGAAACCAUAUGUGUGCACCAAAUGUGGGAAGGCUUUCAGCCACAGCUCCAACCUGACCCUUCACUACCGAACACACCUGGUGGACCGGCCCUAUGACUGUAAGUGCGGGAAAGCCUUCGGUCAGAGCUCAGACCUCCUUAAGCACCAGCGAAUGCACACUGAAGAGGCCCCUUACCAGUGUAAAGAUUGCGGCAAAGCCUUCAGUGGCAAAGGCAGCCUCAUUCGCCACUACCGAAUACACACCGGGGAGAAGCCGUAUCAGUGUAACGAGUGUGGGAAGAGCUUUAGUCAGCACGCGGGUCUUAGUUCUCACCAGAGACUCCAUACUGGAGAGAAGCCGUAUAAAUGUAAGGAGUGUGGGAAAGCCUUUAACCACAGCUCCAAUUUUAAUAAGCACCAUAGAACCCAUACUGGGGAAAAGCCGUAUUGGUGUAGUGAUUGUGGGAAAACCUUUUGUAGUAAGUCCAAUCUUUCCAAACAUCAGAAAGUCCACACUGCAGAGGGAGAAGGAUCUUAACUGUCAGAUACCAUCUUUUGGUGGUUUUUGUUUUUCUUUCUUUAGAACGUGAAUGCUAGAGACAGCCCAGUAAUUGCAAAGUUAACUAUGGAGUAGAUUUUGUUUGUUUGACUAAAUGUCAAGGGGAUGGAGUGAGCGCUCAGGCAGGGACGGGGUGGGUUACUCACCUGCCCACCAACUCACUGGGGCAGGGCCCCCUCACCACACUUCAUGUCCCAUACACCAUGCCGGCAUUGCCUUUUGUAUAGUUACACUGCUGUGUAUCCAGUAUAAUUAAAGAAGAAGCAUUAAAACUGUUUAGCUGUUUUAACAUAUACUCAAGAUUAUGACUUGUAAAGAAAUGAGCCAUGUUGAACGCAGUUUAAUCGGAUUCAGAAUAAACUUAAAAGUUCUUGUAAUGCC